AUGGAAGCUUCAAACCUCCUGAAAGACUACUUCCUUCAAACUCUAUUUCAUCAUUUAAACCUUUUGUUUCUCAUUUCUGUAAUAUGCAUAGAAUUCUAUCUUACAUUCAUAUUCAGAUUACCCAUUACUCAUCUCUUCCUCGCCUCGUUAUUCCUUCUCUUAGUGCUAUUCUUCACCUUCAGACAUUUCAGUGUACUCCCAUCAAAUUCUCAAGCCAUUUACCUAGUAGAUUUUGCAUGUCUAAAGCCUCCUAGUAGUUGUAGGAUUCCGUCAUCAACAUUCAUAGAACAUGUCACAAUGUUCAAAUGCUUCGACCAAGAUAGCAUCUCUCACAUGGCGAAACUAGUUACUUCUUCAGGUCAAGGAGAAGAAACCUACCUUCCACCCGCUUUACUCUAUAUACCGCCCACAAAUUACUUUCGAGACGCCAUUCAUGAAGCUGAAAUGCUUUUCUUUCCCGUCAUUGAUGACCUUUUAUCUAAAACCCAAAUCUCACCUCUUGAAAUCGAUGUCCUCGUGUUGAACUGUAGUAGUUUCUCCCCUGCCCCUUCUCUCACUUCAAUUAUCGUCAACAAAUACUCCAUGAGAACUGAUAUUAAGAGCUUCAACAUAUCUGGAAUGGGUUGCAGUGCUGGAUUAAUUGGUAUAAAUGUUGCUCAAAACGUGUUAAGAGUCCAUAAAAACUACAAUGCUAUCGUUAUAAGCGCAGAAAUCCUCUCUAACAACUGGUAUGCAGGUAAUGAUAAAUCAAAGUUGGGUUUGAAUUCACUUUUCAGAAUGGGGUGUUCAGCAGUCUUACUCUCCAAUAAAAAAGAAGCGAAGUACACGUCAAAAUAUAAAUUAUCUCAACUAGUGAGAACUCAGACAGCCUACAAUGACAAAUCUUAUUUGACUGCUACACGCGAAGAAGAUUCAGAAGGCAUAACUGGUUUCACCGUUAACCGUACCGCACUGCAAGUUGCCGGUGAGACUCUCAGAUUGAACGUCACAACUCUAGGUACAUUAAUCUUACCAUUAAAAGAGAAAAUCUAUUACAGCCUUUCGAUAUUCAAAAAGAAGUUUUCGCGUGGAAAGUGCAGCAAAAGCAAGGUUUACAUGCCGGAUUUCACCUCAGUGGUACAACAUUUUUGUACUACAACAUCAGGAAAGACAGUGGUGUUAGAAAUUGGGAAGGGUUUGAAUCUUAGUGGAAAAGAGAUGGAGGCAACUUUGAUGACGUUCCAGAGGUUCGGUAACCAGUCAGCUUCUUCGCUGUGGUAUGUGUUAGCUUACACAGAAGCUAAGGAGAGAGUAAAGAAGGGUGAUAAAGUAUGGCAGAUUGGUAUAGGAAGUGGAUUCAAAUGCAACUCAGUUGCAUGGGAGUGUUUGAGGCAUAUUGUGAACGAAUCAAAAAAUGGACCAUGGGCCCAGUCGGCCGACUCCAUCAACCAUCAUUAA